AUGGGAGAUUUAAGUGCAAGUAUUGAAGAGUUGGACGAUUACAUUUCAUCAUAUUAUGAAGAUGAUAUCGAUCUUAAGAUUAGCACAGCUAAGAAGAUUCUUCUUUUAACGUUAGAUAUGAAGAAUAUGGAACAUAUUGUCACCAAUGAUUCUUUAUUAAGUUUACUGAGUCGUACAUUGCAAGAAGAAUACGAAAAAAGUUCUAAAAGCACUGAGCUUUGCAUAAAUAUAUUGUGCAUUUUCUUCGUUCUAUCUAAUUAUUAGGAAUUCCAUAGUUACCUUACCCAGCAUAAGGUUGGUGAUGCCACAUUUAAAGUUAUUGAAUAUCAGAUUCGUCGUUUUGACUUCAGUUAUGCCGCAUAUAUGGAAAUUGAUCCAUCUAACAAAGCUCAAUAAGAAAGAGAGCUUAGAAAAUUAAAUUUAAUGAUAGCAAAGCAAGACAAAUUAUUCUACAUUUCGUUUACUAUUUUGUUGAAUUUGGCAGAAGAUUACUAAAUCGAAAAAAAGAUGAAAAACAGAAAGAUUGUUUCUAUUCUUGUCCGUAUGCUUGAAAGAAAUGAUUUUCAUUUGUUAAUUGUCGUUUUACUCUUCCUCAGAAAGCUCUCAAUUAUCACCGAAAACAAAAACUAGAUGUUAGAAGAAGGUAUUGUAGAAAAGCUAGGUAGAUUUUUCAGUUGCUAGAAUAACUUGUUGCUCAAAUUAUCUUCAGGUCUCUUGAAAAACGUUGCAUUCGACAAGUCAGCAAGAGAGCAAAUUGAAAAAGAAAAUUACAUCCCUAAAAUUAUUGAUCUACUCAAAGUGCCAAACUUCCGUUUUGACUCAUUAGUUUUGUUGUAUAUUCUUUCUUUUGAUGAUAAAAUUAGGAACACUUUUGCAUACACAGAUUGCAUGUCACUUGUAAUUAAGUUAAUUGCUCAUUUCCCUGAAUAACUAGUAGGUAAAGAGCUCGUUGCUUUGGCUAUCAACUUGGCAGCUAAUUAAAAGAAUGCAGAGCUUGUUUCUGAAGAAGAAUUAUAGGUUGUUAUUGAUAGAGCUUUAAAAAACGUAGACAUUAAUUUAUUUAAGUUUAUAAAAAAUAUUGCAAUCUAUUCCUAAGACUAAGAAACCCAUGACUGCUUACAAAAUAAUUUAGGCAAAUUCUUGAAGUUGAUUAUAAGUAAAAGUAAGAUUCAAGAUCCUAAAAUUGAAGAUUUGAAAUUUGAAGUAAUUGGAAUACUAGCUAAUGUUAAAUAUAUGGGAGAUAAAUGGGAAAACUAUUUAAAUAAUACAUUUAUGGAGUUUUUACAUGCAAAUAUCUCUCAAUAGAUAGUUGAAGAUGAUAUUAUUUUGGAAACUGUUUAGCUCAUAUAAUCUAUUUGCAAUUCACCUAAGAGUGCAGAAACCUUAGCAAAAAAUAAGUUUAUGAUUUUCAUUGCCGAGCUACUAAUUUCUAAGCAUGAAGACGAAGAGUUUUUGUCAUAAAAUAUAUAUGCUUUGUAUUAGUUUUUGCAUCAUAAAAUUGGUAUCUAGUUCAUAUUAGAAUAGCAAGAAAUUCUAAUGGUACUUCUCAAUAUAAUCGGCUCAACUAAUUAAGUUUUAAAAUAAGUUAAUGAUGAUGUUCUUGAUAUCUUAAGAGAAUACCAUCCAGAUCUAUCAGAGAACAUCAAAGAGAGAAAAUAUUAUGAAUAUAACAGAGAAUGGAUAGAGAGUGUUGAGGAAUAUGACAAGAAUGUUUUAGGACAAGACCGUUACGAUUUUGGAGAUGACAUUAAUGGCGAAUACUUUGGAUUUUAUGAUAAGGAUGACAACGAUUUAGAUCCUAGAAUGUGGGAUUCUGAUUUAGAUAUGUGA